AUGCACCUACACAAGUCUGAAGGUGAAACCGAUGUGUGGCUCAGCAGGAGUAACAACAACAGUAUGAAACUACAGGUGAUCGUUGACCCGGCAAUGCGGUUCGUUGACGUAGUUUCUGGGUUCCCGGGACGUAUGACUAAAAACGGUGUCCUUCACCAAUCAGAAAUGUUUCUUUUGGCACAGAAAGGAGAGAAGCUAAACGGGAAUAGAGUCCAGGGUUUUCGGCUUCUUCCAUGGCCGAUAACUCCAUACCAUGAUGCAGAACUGAAUGAAGAUCAAACUGAAUUUAACCAGAAGCAUUUAGCAACUCGGUCGGUUGCUAGUCGUGCUUUGAAGAAGUUGAAGGAGGUUUGGGCGGUGAUUGAGGGCGGCAUGUGGCGGCCUGAUAGGCAUAAGUUGCCAAGAAUCAUUCUCGCGUGUUGCAUCCUUCACAACAUCCAAAUUGAGUACGAAGGAGACGGGAAAUCCGAUGAGUCAAUGACUUUGUUUGACCAUGACCCCGGGUAUCCACCAGAAAAAAAGUACAUUACCUGA